CACCCGCACUUUCAAAGGGAAAAAAGAAAAAAAAAAGAACAGAGAGAAGUGUAAUGGAUUCAGCACAGGAGCAAAAACCACAUGCUGUAUGCAUACCAUACCCAGCACAAGGCCACAUAAAUCCCUUGCUAAAACUAGCCAAACUCCUCCACUCUCAAGGCUUCCACAUCACCUUCGUGCACACAGAAUAUAACUACAACCGUCUCCUACGAUCGCGAGGGCCUGAUGCCCUCGCUGGCCUCCCAACCUUUCGGUUCGAGGCCAUAUCCGAUGGGAUGCCGUGCACUGAAGACGCUAACGCCACGCAGGACAUCCCUUCGCUUUGUAUCUCCACAGAGUACCGUUCCCUCGGACCCUUCAAGGAGCUCAUCAACCGACUGAAUGAGUCGGGUGAUGUGCCCCAAGUGAGCUGUAUAGUGGCGGAUGCGGCUAUGUAUUUUACGCUUGAUGCGGCUGAGGAGCUAGGCAUCCCUGAAGUGUUGCAGUAUACUGCUAGCCCUUGCGGUUUCUUGGCUUAUACUCAGUUUCCCAAGCUCGUUGAGUUGGGAAUUACUCCCUUCAAAGAUGAAAAUUUCUUGACAAAUGGUGAUCUUGACGUGGUCUUAGACUGGGUUCCAUGCAUGAAAAACAUUCAAGUAAAGUACAUGCCAAGUUUUAUUAGGACCACAAAUCCAAACGAAAUUAUGCUCAAUCGCCUCCAAAGAGAAAUCCCUAGCGCAAAACGUGCUUCGGCCAUCCUCUUCAACUCAUUUGAUGCCUUAGAUCACGAAAUCCUCCAAGCUCUAGCUCAUGAUUUCCCUCCCCUUUUUACUCUUGGACCCUUAAUGCUCCUCCUCGACUCAAUCGAGGCCAAAGAGGAGGAAGCUACAACAAUCAAUCCAAGCUUAUGGAAGGAGGAUUCAACUUGCAUUGAAUGGCUUGAUUCUCAUGCGCCAAACUCGGUUGUGUAUGUCAAUUUCGGAAGCAUUACUGUCAUGACUAAUGAUCAGUUGGUAGAAUUUGCAUGGGGACUUGCUAAUAGCAAUCAACCAUUCUUGUGGAUAACCCGGCUCUGUCAUGAACUGGCUAAGCUACUAUACAGAAUAUGA